GAAAAGUACUGGCGGUAUUUAUGGUUUUAUGCGGUGUGGUUGUGACCUUUCUUUAGAUGGUGGUCCUGAUGAGAUUCUGUGACUAGUUGCUGGAUAUAACUUGUCUAGCUUGUAUCCUGCUUCUGUAGGAAAUCUCAAACUAAAAAUAAAUAAUUUUCGUAUGAGUGUAGGCAUGGCCAUGCAAAUUGUUCAAGGUUUUGUGUGCUGUCUAGUUUGCCUUAUUAAAAUUCUUGGUAGUGGUUAGUGAGGUAUAAGUAUCUUUCCUGAUGCUCUUUAGGCCCACUUCCCGUCAUUUUUUCAUUAUUCUAAGGUAAGAGUCACCUCUAAGUGUCGGUUCCACAACUUAUUGAUAAGCCUCCAAGAAUUUGUGAUAUAACUCAUUUUCCAUCUUUUUGAAGCCGAAAUCAAUGACAGUUUAUGUAGGCUUUAGACACUCAUCGGAAAUGUGGCUGAAAAUAUCGACUACCGAAGGUGUGACUGAGAAUGCUGAAGACGUUUGACUGCUGUCAUAUCCUACUGUUUGGUAUAAGUUUCAUCCCAUGCAUGUUUUUUCUUAGUAUCCUAAUGGCGACCUCAAUAUUCAUGUUGCGUGGAUAUUUAUGUUCAGAUUACAUGACAGUCACCCUGGUGCGUACUAAUGAUGGCCACCAAUAAAAUGCUAGGGUCGCCCACAUUAAUUUAUAUUUUGAACCAUUUUUAUUCCUAAUGUAGAAUUUUGCAUGUUGUUAAUAAGUGAUUUUUAAUCGAUAUCCGGCUUUCAAAUAACUGUUUUUAGGCUAUUAUUGAUAUAAGUUACCGAAUCCUCUUUUAGUCUUAAACUGAACAAUCUGGAACAUUUCGUACAGCAAUUCAAGUUGUUGGAAAUGUAUUCUUCAAUUCUUUCGAAUAACACAAACGUUUAAGACGAAAUGAAGUUGGUUGGAAGUGCAUUGUACAUUGUUGACUGACAUGACUUAUUGUUAUUUGGUGCGUUAACCACAAUGUAGGAAUUUAACUACCAGUUAUAUAUAUUUUCUCCUGUGUGACAAGUUCUUUUAACUGUGUGUGACUCCAAUUACUUUACGUUUUCAUUAAAACUUUGUACAAAAUCGUUCAGUGUAUUUUGUUACCUCGAAGCCACAGAACAUUACUGUUUUGGUUGGAAUAAUAUCUAGGGUUGUCAUCACGAACUGACAUCAACUAUAACGCCAAAACUAUUUUACCAAAAGUCCGAGCUCUGUUAUCUUAUACCUCGUAUAUGUGCUGUGCUUCGACGGAAAAAUAAUUGUCUCUUAUAUUGUUUUUAUAUUAUUUAAUUGAAUGCUAAACGUUUUUUAUUUAAUUCAGGUGAUAUUCUUAGACUUCAAAGAUGGCAUAUGAGAUCUCUGUUCCUGAUGCGUAUAGGUAUAGAACGAUUUUCGAUCAACUUCAGCCAACCUGUGGGAAACUCUCUGGGGAAAAAAUUAGAGAGGUUUGUGGAAUUUUGUUUGCCGACUGCCAUUAGUUUAGAUUAAUGUGAUUCUGUUGAGCAACAUUUUUUAACCUAGUGAAAUUGUUGCUUAUUAUAUUGAUUACAGUCCUAAGAAAGCUGGGAAACUAUCAUCUAUUGAAUUGGUUGGAACGUCUGCAGUGCUUUAAGAAUAGCUAUUCUGUUAUUUUUGGACGUAUUCCUUUUUUCUCCGAACGCUAUUGACUCCAUUUGUUUUCAUUUAUCUGCGUGAAUUAAUUUUUAAAUUAAAGUGGCAAAUACUCCGGCAUAUCUGGAAUCACUUACAAUUUCGAAGACAGGAGUUUGAACACCAUUCAUAUACUUAAGUCUCAGUCCCUAGCUAUCACACCCAGCUGUUGCGUAACGGAUUUAAAUCAUAGUCUGGUAUUUUUAAAGUUUCAGUUGCCAGUUGAAACUCUUGGAAAAAUAUGGGACCUUUCAGAUAUUGAUAAUGAUGGUAGUCUAGAUCAGAGCGAGUUCAUUGUUGCUAUGCAUUUGGUCCAUCAAUCACUGGAGGGUAAAAUAUUACCGGACAAAUUACCAAAGAAUUUAGUUCCUCCUGACAAAGAACAUUAUUUUUCAAACUCUACGUCUAUUAAUAAUUCCAUGUUGUGUUUACCGCCUAUUACUAGUGAUGCUGAUUUUAAUUUGGCACUAGUCCCUGUGCAGUCUACAUCAGAAUUAAAUCCAAAACAGAGUACUGGAUAUUUAUCAGCGCUUGUAUCCGCUUUUCCAACCGGUGAAACAUUAACUACACAGUCAACUCAUACAACUCCCACUGUUUGGGCUCUGUCUGGUCAUCAACCUUAUCUCCAGUCGUAUAAUUUUCCAGAAUGGGCUAUUUCAGCAGACGAACAUGCAAAAAAUCUGAGAGUUUUUGCUGCCCUAGAUAUGGAUGCUGAUGGGUUAGUUUCAGGCCCUGAAGUGAGAGAUAUUCUGAUGCGAUCCGGUUUACCUCAAGAUAUUCUCGCUCAUAUAUGGGAGCUGGUUGAUAUACAAAAUACUGGUUUGUUAAACAGUGAACAGUUUACAGUGGCCAUGCAUUUGGCAACGGAACAGUUAUCUGCGGGCUUAUCUAAUCGUACCCUUCCUAAUGUACUUCCACCCGCUUUACUUCCACCAAGUUUGCGCCCUAUUCCUCCAGAUCCGUCUAUUUAUGAAGAAUCUAACAAACUAAUUGUAGAAAUAGAAGCAUUAGGCCGUGAAAAAUCUGCAGUAGAAUCUGAUUAUGUUUCUAUGGCCAAAGAUUCUCAACGUCGAGCAUCAGAAGCCACUGCAAAACAGCGUACAAUUGAUACCCUUAAUCAUACAAUUCGUAAUCUAGCUAAUCAACGUGUGGAAGCCGAACGUCGACUAGGCGAUUAUAGUCGUGAAAAAGAUACGUUAGAAAGUGUGCUUAAUGAAAUCAAAAGUCAUGUCGUGAAUGAACGUCAAAAAGUUGAAGAAAUGCGUAUUAAAAUCAAUUGUCAACAAGCCUCAACGAAAAGUCAAAAAGAAGAAAUAGCUUGUUUACGUAAUGAGUUGAAUGAAUUGAUACGAGAGGAAGCGAUGUUACAAGACAAAAUAAUUGAAAACCAACGCCGUUUAGAACAAAUUGAAAAGGAAAACCGUUUAGCCCAGUCUCGCGUAGAUCAAGCUAACGUUAAACUUGAAACAUUAGAAUCUACUCGUGGUCAAUUGUUAGAAGUGCUUGAACAAUACAACGGUCUAUUAAAUGGUGAUGAAAAUAUCAAAGAACCAGAUGAGGCAAGGGUUAAGUCUCUGCUUUCUGAUGAGAGUGCAAAAGAUAGUUUAAGAAGUUUCGAUACAGGUCUUGAUGGUAUAAAUUGGCCAAAUAAUAAUAAUGCGCCUUCUUUUACUACUGGUAUAUCAACUUUCUCAGCAUUUGAUAUGGCACGAAGUCAAACUGGUGCUCACUCUGUACCACUUCCAUUAAUGUCAAUGAAUCCUGUAUCGGGUGGUGAUUGGAAGACGAAUGAAAGAGGUCUUCUAAAUUCUUCACUUGGAUUUCCAUUUCCUUACGAUCCCUUUGAUAGUAAUGAUCCUUUCAAAUCUUCUAAAGCCAAUGAGUUUCAUAAAGAAUCUGUUGAGGAUCCAUUUGCUUUGUCAAGUACAAAUGAUCCAUUCAAGGAUUCCGAUCCAUUCGGUAUAGAUCCAUUUGGUUUAUCAUAUUUAAUGGCUAAGGAUAAAAAGACCCCAAAUACUAUUGCCUCAGCAUUUGAUCCUUUUAAACCGGACAGUGUGUGUCCUACUGUACUUCCAGAAAAUUCAUUGAUUGGAGCAGAUUUCGAUGCUGUAUUUGGACCUUCCAACGGUGAGCUAUCGAACAUGACUGAUCCGUUUGGUAGUGAUCCAUUUACACCUUCAAGUACCUCAUUUAUGAUGAAUACAAGUAUGGCUAAUAACAGAGAAAUAAAGAAUCAUAUGAAUUCUGUAAAGAAGUCUCCACCACCUCGACCAAAAACUCAACCAACUCCUGGUAAAACUAUUCGAGCUUUCAAAUCUGUGGAUGAUAAUUCUAAUUUUCCUACUUCAGUUCAUCCCGCUAACUUUGAUGGAGAUUUUACAGACUUUAAUAAUUCAUCAUCAUUAUCGUCAACAAUGACUACUAUUCCAUCAAGAUAUCGUAAACAUUCAGUUAGUGGCGUUACUGGUGUUGGCUGUAGUAAUUCAAUUAAUCAGAAAUCAACAUUCACUCUAAAAUCGAAACCUUCUGGUAAAAGUAUAAAAAAGGAUCCACAAAAUUCACCAUCAUCAUCUUCACCAUCAUUAAUAAAUAAAAUAAAGAAUAUGAAAUCUGCGAGUGGUGGCAGUGAUGUUCCGUUAUCUGAUGAAGCAAGACUCUCAUGGGCUAUCAUUGAAAGUCAACGUCUUGCACAAAUCGAGGAAGAAGCUCGGAAACAAGAAGAAGCUGAUCUCGAACUGGCACUUCGUCUAAGUAAACUAGAUUCAUCAAAUCGACAUUAAGAAACAUAAAAAGAGUCGAUUGCCACUUUUAUUUCCAUCUAUGAAAACCUAGAAAAUAACAGUAAAAAACGUGUUGUCUUCUCAUUCACCGAUUUUAUUACUCCAUAUUCAUUUUUAAUUUAGGUUGGGUUAACUGUUCAACUCCUUUUUCUUGCAUAUAAAUACAUGGGUUUUUACGUACGAGACUUACAUCAAUUUAUUCGUUCUCUUUUUUUUGCUAAUAUGAAUUAGAAAAAAAAAUUAUAGAAAGGAGAGCUAAAGAGAAAAAAAACAUGAAUUUGUUGUCUCGAUGAGUACAAAUUCUACUGAAUAUAGAAGUUGUAUUUACAGUAUUGUACAUUGAUUAAUGUAAAUCAUUGCGGUUACAUAGAUGAUUUGUCAUAUGUGUUAUUGUAUUUGUUGAAAUAUGGAAUAUAUUUGAAAUGUUUGCUUAAUAUGAUAAUAAAAUAGAAAAGAUUAUGUUGUACACAACCAAAUACACUUAUAUACUCAUACAACGGUUACUCACAAUGAUAAUAUCAUUAGUCUCUAGUUCCUUAAGCUUCAAAUUUUUGCUAUGAGUUAUAUAAUCUAUUAUUUAUGAGACAAGGUUCGCAUAACACUUAGCUUCAUUAUUACACGCAUAUACUUUGAUUAAUAAUUACUUAUUCUAUGAAUUGAUUAAGAACUGUUGCAUUGAAUAUUGUAGUAACGUUGGUUUUCAGAAUAAAACUAAUUAUCUACGU